AUGUUACAUGGUGAGAAACAAUUUGGCUCGAAAACAGGUCAAUUAGCUCACCAACUGCUAGUUGCCUAUUAUAAAGAUCAUAAAAAAUAUUAUGAUGGACUUGAAAAUCUAGUACUACACUUGCACGUACAUUUUUUAGCACAAUAUAAUAACUACGGUAGUUUAAAUAAUACAAACUGUUUCGCUCAAGAGAGCUUUCUUGGAGCGUUUUCUAAAAAUAAACAUGGUAGUCAUCAUUGGGGUGAUUUACUUAUGUACUACUUUAACAUAGAUUUUGCUUUACGAAAAAAACUUGAUCGAUCAACUGCUGACAAUUUGAAUAGUAAAGAUGGACCAUUUGAUACGUCAAUUAGAUCAAUAUAUAAUGUAGAACAACUUCUUCUGUGGCACGCAAAUGUACUUAAUUAUGAUCUUAUAGACGAUCUUGAUGAACAACAAGAAGAAUUAGAUGAAUAUAAUGAUGAAAUUGUUAGUAGCAUCACACCGAGCCAACGUUCGUUUACAACACAAGCUCAACAUGGAACUAGUUCAUCAAUCGAAUAUGACUUGUCUUCUUUACGUAGAUAA